AUGUCGAUAGUCCAGCAGCCACCACCAGUGGUGGCUGUAACGGAGGAGCCAUAUUAUAACUCUCACGCUGCUCAUCAUGCUUCUAUUGCUCCUCUUAUAGCUGUACUUUUGGUGAUCGUAAUCUUAGCCAUUGUGGCUGGCAUUAUCAGAAGACUGUGCACCUGUCGAAAAGUCAUAGGCAUUGGCCAGUUCGACUUGGAAAACUGGAUCGAAACAAAGUGUUCUUCUUGCAUUGAUGACAGGGUAUAUCCUCCCCAGCCACCACCAAGGUCUAGUUCUUCUUCAGCUACUUCUAUUUUAACACCAAUUGAACGCCAACCACAGCAAGAAGAUCAUUCCUCUCAAAGCUCCACCACCUGA